GGGUCGGAGCCGGGCGGGCGUGCUGGCCAUGGGGGAGGAUGAGGAGGAAGACUACAUGUCUGAUUUAUUUAUUAAACAGGAUGUGAGGCCAGGCUUGCCCAUGGUGAGGCGGAUGAAGGAAGCAAUUCAGAGAGAAGAAAAGCAAAAAGAAGCCAAUGAGAAGAACAGACAGAAAAGUAUAAAAGAAGAAGAAAAAGAGAGACGUGACUUGGUGUUGAAAAGUGCAUUGGGCAACGAGAACAAAGGCUUUACUUUGCUCCAGAAGAUGGGCUACAAGAGUGGCCAGGCCCUUGGCAAAAGCGGAGAAGGCAUUGUUGAACCUAUUCCUCUGAACAUAAAAACAGGCAGAAGUGGGCUUGGUCACGAGGAAUUAAAAAAGCGGAAAGCUGAAGAAAAACUGGAAAGCUAUAGACAAAAACUCCAUAUGAAAAAACAAGCAAAUGAACAAGCUGCAGAUCAGUUCAGGGUGAGAUUCAAAAACAAACAAGAAGAACGUAAGAUGGAAGGGGACCUCCGAAAAAGCCAGAGGGCCUGCCAGCAAUUAGAUAUGCAAAAAGAUAUUGAUGUUCCCAAGGAGACUUGGUAUUGGCUAGAGCCUGAAGAGGAGGACAAAAAGGAUGAGGAAGACAAGGAAGAUGAAUGCACAAGCUCAGACUUAAGUGUAUCAGAAAAGCUACACAUCCUGACUGCCUAUUUGAGAGGAGAACACUUCUAUUGCAUCUGGUGUGGAACAACCUAUGAAGACUCCGAAGAUUUAUCUUCAAACUGCCCUGGAGACAGUGCUGCAGAUCAUGACUAAAGCAUUUCUACAGGAAGGAGUCGUAGAUAA